CACCUUCUUCCCGUCUGCCCACCAUGCACUCGAUUCGCCUCUCUGCUUUCUUUCGCAAUUACGUUACUCAACAGCGCGGUUAUGCUACCGUAGCGAAGGAAUUCCGUAUCCCGGUCAUUGAUUUCUCAAAGUACCGGACUGCGAGGACGACGGCCGAGAGGAAAGCGACGGCGGACGAGGUUGUGGCGGGUUUCAAGGAAAGUGGGUUCAUCUACAUCGACAAGCAUGGGAUACCCCCUGCCAUCGUAAGGAAUGUUUUCCAGAAGAGCGCUGAAUUCUUCGCUUUACCUUCGGAUGUCAAGGACAAGCUCAGAUGGGAAGACCCACGAUCCAAUCGUGGUUAUGUUACGAUAGGACGCGAACGUGUUACCCAGUCUGCGGAUGCCGAUGAAAUUGCCGCUCUUCGGGAAAAGGCGCCAGACUUCAAGGAAACGAUGGAAAUUGGACGCGAUUGGGAUGCAGCGUGGAAGAACCAGUGGCCGGAGGAGACCGAUGCCCCUGGUUUCAAGAAGACCAUGCUGGAUUUCUUCCAGACUUGCCAUUAUCUUCACAUUGACAUUAUGCGCACCAUAGCUCUCGGUCUUAAUUUGGAUGAACGGUUCUUUGACAAUAAAGUUAAUGACCAAAACCAUAACCUUCGUCUCCUGUCAUAUCCGCCUGUCCAGCGGAAAUUAUUGGGAGGCGAGGGUCAAGCGCGCGCUGGUGCCCACAGCGAUUAUGGAACACUUACUUUACUUUUCCAAGACCAAGUUGGUGGACUUGAAGUUCAAGAUCCUCACACCGGUAUCUACUACCCUGCUACUCCUAUCCCAGGAACAAUAGUCAUCAACGUGGGCGAUCUGCUUUCUCGAUGGAGCAACGACACCCUUCGAUCGACUCUCCACCGCGUCGUUGCACCGCCUGCAAAGCAGAUCAACGAGACGGAAGUUAUUACUCCCGCUCGCCAGUCUAUCGCGUACUUCUCCAACCCCAACUUUACCACUGAGAUUUCUUGUCUCCCUAACUGCGGUGAGGAGGCCAAGUACCCACCCGUGAACACGGAGAAGUACAUCGUCGGACGAUUGACUGCAACCUAUAUGUAAAAUCCACGACUCACGUCUUUUGGAUUAUGCUGGAUGCAUUAUCAAGGAUUCUAACUGUACGUUAAUGCUGGCACAUCUGUACAUAUGUAUGCUCAAAUCAAGGACUGUGUACAAUCUUCAUUCUGAGGAGUAAGAAAUAACAAGGGUGUCAUACAAUACCAUUGAAUGUAACCAAUGUACCAAAUAUCAAGCAAGC